AACACAAAUGCAAAAUGUACAUGGACGGAGUGAGCGUAAAUUGAUCGUGCUAAAUAAGCACAACCAACUCCGUUGGUCCUACUCAAGCGAUCGUAGCAGAGUUAGGUAGCUUCCUUGGCACAUUGGCAAGGAAUUCGACCUUUUGUCCUGUUAACGUAUCAAAUUGGAGGAAACUGAAAACACAUAAAGAUAUGUGGAAAUAUACCAAGGAAAAAUAUAACAUUCCUGAUGCUGCACAAGCAUGGGCUUUAAAAGCAAUUCAAUCUGCUUGGAGAAAGUAUAAGAAUUGGUUGAAGAAUAAACACUAUGUACCCUAUGCCAAUGACGAACUUCGAAUGGAAAACAGGCCCGGAUAUGUUCCACAAUCUCAUUUUAUGGAUCUCCUUGUAUACUGGAACUCCGAAAAAUCUCAGAAAAUGUCCAACACUAACACAGAGAAUCGCAAAAAGUUGAGAUAUCCGCAUACUGUUGGCAAAAAAAGCUUUGCUGUAAUUCGCGAGGGUCGAAAUGGAAAGAAUAGAAACUCAAGAAAGCGAAGAUGGAAGUCAAUCGCUGAUGCAUUUGCCGCGCAGGGACCUCGAUCAUCCGGGCCACGUAAGAUUCAAAAAAUGGAGGAGAUGGAAGCGAGGAUGCAAAAAAUGCAGGAAAAAUUCGACGCACAAACGGAGGUGAUGGAACAAGAUUCAAUUUUCGUUCGCGGGGAUAAGCUGCUAGUAGUAACAACCAAGGUCAGUAAUUCUUCUUCUUCUUCUUCCACUGUUCUCUCUGUUCAAGACAUUUCUUUUCUUCUUGUUCUCUGUCUCAAGAAACUGAGUAAUCUUGAUUCGUACAUGUGA